UUGAAUAUUUUAUUAUUUACUUGUAGAAAUGGCCAAAUCGUUUGCAUMUCYUGAAGAAGUUGUCAUCAAAAUUACUCAGAAAGACUUCUUAGAUAUUCUGUGGAAUGAGAAUCCGAUUUUUUUCAAGAAAUUCACAGUCGAAUCGAUUGACGAUGGAGAUGUUUUGAACGUCAGCGUAUCUCUGAUUCCAAAUCAACAUGGAAUGUACAAAAAUACAAGUCAGGUUGGCUAUAAAUUAGUUGAAAAUUUGACAGAAGAUGAAAAGGAGAGAAGCCAUUUGGCAUCAGAAGUGUUCAAAGUGUUGGAAGAUGUCGACAAAACUCGAAUAGCAUUUUUGGUUGCUCGUAGUAACAUCAAGGCCUAUACCACCUGGAAUAAUUCUACUGAUGGACCCAGAGAGACGAGUGUGCUCUUGCAUCCAACUAAAGAGACCCUAUAUUCAAGAAGUCGUGGUAUUCUAGAGUCUAGUCUACUGGAGAACAAAAAGGUCGCGAUCAUAGGCUUGGGAAGCGGUGGUUCACACAUUGCUAUCGAGCUUGCAAAAGCAGGUCUGGGUCGAUUUGUACUCAUUGACUAUGAUCGUAUCGAGUUAAGCAACAUCAUUCGCCACACCUGUGGCAUUAAAGAUCUUGGUAGAUUCAAAACCAAAGCCAUUCGUGAUCAAAUCCUUGAGAAGAACCCCUUUGCUGAAGUUGACAUACAUAACAUAGACAUCAAUGAUAUACCAAAGGCAAUGAGUGAUGAGAUCGGUCUGAGAGACUGCAAUCUCAUCAUAGCAGCGACGGACAMUAGCCGAAGUCGCUUGAAUAUCAAUGACAUCGCUUUUGACUUGAAUAUCCCUGCCUUGUUUGGCAAAUGUAAACAGCGAGCCUCUGGAGGUGAGGUGGUAGUCGUACGCCCAGGAAAGGGUCCUUGCUUUACAUGUAUAUGUGGUGGUCACAGUGCCAACGAAGAGGUUUCGUCGUUCAGACAAGCAAGGGAGGCUAACCCCGCUUAUGUCUCAGACAGCGAAGUUGAGGCGACCAUACAAGUGGGUCUGUCAUCAGACAUCUUCCCCAUCAGCAACAUGAUCGUCAAGAUCGCGCUGGUUGAAUUGUGCAAUGGAAAGGAUACAGCUUUGGCGUGUUUGGAAGAAGACUUCAGAAGAUUCUAUUACGUUUGGGCCAACCGCACCGAUGCGAAUUACUUUGAAGAGUAUCAGGAGCAUGGCUUGGAAUCAUUUCAGUCAUUUGAUGGUCUACCAUCGAUUUUACGGUGGUAUGCCGUAACAAACACGGAAAAAGACAAAGAUUGUUUAACAUGCAACUAUAAGGAGGAAAACGAUGAUAAGUCAUUGGAUGAGUAAUUUUGCCCCUGUUCACGACUAAUACAAAUUAACAUUUUUCCUGAGGUUACUGAAGUGUAUCGGGGGAGGGAAAAUGCUCACACCCACUCUGGUACACACCCUCCCAGAGAUUCGCAGGGGGUGG